GUGGGAGAUUGGGAAAUGGAGCACCUGCAGUCUUACCUGUGGGGUUGGAUUGCAGACACGAGAUGUCUUCUGUUCUCAUCUACUAUCAAGAGAGACUAACAAGACUGUGAUUUUGGCAGAUGAAUUGUGCUAUAAACCUAAGCCAUCCCCUGUGCAAGCCUGUAAUCGCUUUGACUGUCCACCCUCCUGGUAUCCUACUGAAUGGCAAGAGUGUUCACAGACAUGUGGCAGUGGUGUCCAGAAGCGAGACACACUUUGUAAGCAGCGCCUGGCAGAUGGAAGCCUGUUAGAGUUGCCAGAAACCUUCUGCUCCAUGCCAAGGCCAGUUGCCCAACAAGAAUGCAAAAAUGAGGAUUGUCCCAAUGAGUGGCUUCUCUCUGACUGGACACAGUGUUCAGUGAGCUGUGGAGAGGGCACCCAGAGUCGAAAUGCCAUUUGCAGAAAGAUGCUGAAAACUGGGGGUUUUGUCAUCAUCAAUUCCUCACUGUGCACACCUUUGCCAUUCUCAUCCUUGAUCAGGCCCUGUGUGCUAGGCAUCUGUGCAAGGCACAACAGGCCAGCUAAUAAGCAAAGCCCCCAUAUUAUGGCCAUAAAGAAAGUUUACAUCCAGACAAGGAAGCAGAAAAAGCUACACUUUACCGUGGGUGGGUAUGCCUACCUGCUGCCCAAAACCUCUGUUAUUCUCCGAUGCCCCACAAGGAGGUUCUGGAAAUCAAUGAUCACUUGGGGGAAGGAUGACAAGAGACUUGUCAGCUCAGCUCAUAUCACCAUUGCACCUUAUGGGUACAUGAAAAUCCAUCAUUUGAAGCCUUCAGACACUGGAACAUACACCUGUACAGCAGGGCCAGCCCAGGAGCAUUUUGUAAUUAAACUAAUUGGAAGCAACAAGAAGAUCAUUGCUGGGCAGCCAACUGGUAUUAGGGAGGAAGAGGCUGUGAGAAAGGCCAGCUUAAAUGAAGCCUUGCGAACAGAAGAGAAACACAUCAGUGGGAUUAUCUUCAAUGGGAGCAAGGCUGAAAAGCGAGGCCACCUUGCUGACUCCAGCAGGUGGUAUGACCAUAUUGUCUCAAGGCUGCUACAGCACAGAGGCUGGCCAGGGGAAAAUCUGGGGUCCUGGGAAGCCCAGGAGUCCACAGAGAGAAACACAUCCUCAGAGGAGGACCAGAGCUGGGAGUAUAGCCUGCCUUUUUCUAUGGUCACAGAGCAGAAACGCUUGGAUGAUAUUAUAAGGAAUUUGUCUCAACAGCCUGAGGAGCUUAAAGAGGUCUACACUGAGCAGCUCGUUGUGCAGCUUGCUCACGAGGUUUUCAAGAGCCAUUUGGAGAACCAGGAAUCUGUCCUUAAAGCAUCAAAGCAAAGACUAGCUUCAACCUCAGCGGAGUACCCUCUCCACAGACAUGUUUCUGGAUUUACCAGCUCCUUGAGGACAUCAUCUGCUGAAGCAUUUCUUCCCACCUCUGUAGACCUAGAAAAUGGCUUGCGCAGACCUCAUCAAAAGCCUGCCAUCCUCCGGAAGAUUUCAGCAGCACAACAGCUUUCUGCUUCAGAAGUUGUUACCCACCUGGGACAGACAGUGGUCCUAGCCAGUGGCACACUGAGCGUGCUGCUUCAUUGCGAAGCGGUGGGAAACCCAAAGCCCACUAUCGCCUGGGCUAAGAAUGGAGAAGAGGUGAAAUACAAUGAUAGGAUGCUACUUCAGCCUGAUGACUCCUUGCAGAUUCUAGCACCUGUGGAAGCUGAUGUGGGUUUUUAUGCUUGCAAUGCAUCCAAUGCCCUGGGAUCUGACUCUGUCUCCAUUGCUGUCACUCUAGCAGGAAAGCCACUGAUAAAGGCAUCAAGAUCUACUGUGAUCAACACUGAAUUGCCUGCUGUCACUGUUGAUAUUGGAAGCACAGUGAAAACAAUCCAGAGAGCAAAUGUUACCAUUAGCUGCCAGGUUGCAGGUGUUCCUGAAGCAGAAGUUACUUGGUUUAAGAACAAGGUCAAGCUGUCCUCUGCUCACCAUCUUCAUGAUGGGUUGCUGCUGAUUGCAAAUGUUUCUUUGCCUGAUCAGGGACUGUACUCCUGCAAGGCAGCCAAUCUCCGUGGGGAGGUAACUGAAAGCUCCCAGCUGUUGGUUCUUGAGCCUCCACGACCUCUUCCUUACCUAGAAGACUUGGCAGCAGUGCUUUCCAAUGCUGGGACCAACAAUCAUUCAGUGCUGACCUCUCCUUCAGGAACAAAAAUGACCGUCAGUCCAGGGAGUUCUGCUUACAUUGGUUGUGCUGUGGAUGGUCAUCCAACCCCAAACAUCACCUGGCUUUACUUUGGUGAGCAUCUCGGUCUGCGGCAUCGCCUCCUGGCAGCAGGCCGGAUUCUUCAGAUACUCAAUGUCAGUGAUGCUCCUGAUGGUGAAUUCAGCUGCCUUGCUCAGAAUGAAGCUGGCUCACUCACACAAAAAGCAUCCCUGGCUAUACAAGAAUACCGCUGGUCAGCAGACAAGCUGAUGGCUUGUUCAGCUUCCUGUGGCCACAAAGGAGUGCAGAUGCCCCAGCUGAGGUGCUUACUGGAUGGGGCUGAAGUCAAUAUAUCCCACUGCAAAGAGAAGCCCAAACCAGCCCUGCAGCCCAUCGCAUGCAACAGGAGAGACUGCCCUUCACG